AUGAUUUACUCCACCAUUGCUGGGCUUAUGCUCACGCUCUCAUCGGUCGCUACCGCAUCAGCUUUGCCUCAAGCCAACACGUUGGAGUCCAGACAAGCGGCUUCUAUCUCGACGAUCACCUUCUCAGACCCGAUUCUAGCACCGCACGUUAUAUCAACCUUCCCCAACGGCACUUGGGUCGAGAACCUCGUUCCACGUUCCGAGGACGGCAACUUUGUGGCCACUCUCCUUUCAGCACCAGAAGUAUACCUCCUAUCGUCUACAAACGCCUUCGCGCCACUCCUCCUUGCCCAGUUCCCUGUACGUACCAGUGUCCUCGGUGUCGUGGAGCUAGGUCACGAUGUUUUCUACGCCGUUGUCGGAAACUUCUCUUUGAAAACGUUCGCGUCCACGCCCGGGAGCUAUGGCAUCUUCAAAAUCGACCUGAACGGCUACGCCGCUGGUUCCCACACAGCUGGCGACGGAAAACUUUCAAAGCAAGCUGCCAAGGGCGUCAAGGUCACAAAGGUCGCAGAUCUACCCAAUGCAGGCCUCGCGAAUGGGCUGACCGUUCUAAAUCCCAACACCGGCAUCCUCCUGGUCGCUGACUCCACCAAAGGCCUCGUCUGGUCCGUCAACGUCUUCACGGGACACACUGCCGUUGCCAUAAGUGACCCGUCCAUGGCACCCAACGCGACCCUCUCAGGCGGACUAUCCCUGGGCAUCAACGGCCUUAGCUUCUCCAAUGGCUAUCUCUAUUACGACAACUCCAACUACGUUACCUUCAACCGCAUCGCCGUCAACUCCACCACCGGCCAUGCCACCGGCCCCGCAGAAGUCCUCGCUGCCCAAGAGUUUGCCAACAUCUUCCCUGAUGAUUUCACGCUCGAUUUCGCCGGCGGUCUCUGGUUUGCGUGUGAGUACGGACACAUUGCUUAUCUCGCGGGCGUGGGCUCAGGCACAUUUCAACCUGGCAUUGUGGCCGUGGCCGGAAACUCGACAGGUCCUGUUGGCUUGACGGCUGCGAAGUUCGGCACGAGCGCUGAGGACCUCAAGAGGGGAUCUUUGUAUGUCACCACGAACGGGGGUCCUUUCACCUAUGGCGGCGCGCAUCCGGCACAGGGCCAGUUGGUGAGGUAUGACACAGCCUUGCUAGGCUUCUACUAA